UCCGUUUUCGUUAACCAUACGCAGCAAACCACCAAACAACCAAAAUGCUGACCUUUGAGGAAAUCGUUGAGAAGGCAAAGAACUUCAGCAAGGUGCCCAGCAAGGAGGACUUCCUGGAGUUCUAUGGCUAUUACAAGCAGGCCACCGUUGGCGAUUGCAAUACCGAGGAGCCCGAGGAUGAGGAGAAGAAGGCCCGCUGGAAUGCCUGGAAGAGCAAGGCUGGUCUGACCGCCGCCGAUGCCAAGGCCCACUACAUUGAGGUCUACAAGAAGUACGCCGCCAAGUACGAAUAAGUUGCAUUUAGAAAUUUCGUUUUCGUAGCCGUAGACUUCUCCUUUCCACACCUCACUCUCUUGACACGCGUCUGUUAACUCUCUAUGUAUUUAUUUUUGUAAUAAAGAAAACAAAACUUAGAU